UCUUUCCAUCAUCCUCUCAUAUAUAAAAAUCAAAUUUUCUUUUUGUUUCUCAAACCACCAUAACAACCAUUUCUCUUGAUUUAUUUUAUUUUCAACAAUGGGAAAUUUAGUAGUGACUCCAUGCUUUCAUCCUCAAAACAAAAAAUUGUUAUCUUCAUCAUCAUCGUCGUCGUCAUCGUUGUUGCCAUCGUCAGCUAAGCUUAUAUUUUGGCAAGGUUCAACGAGAUUGCUAAACGGUAAGCACAUCGCUGGCGAGAUCUUGUUAGAGUACCCGGAGACGAUGGUUUGUCAUGCUGACUCGUUUUUCAUCGGACACCCUAUCCCUAGUUUGGAUUUAGAAGACGAACUCUUUCAAGGAGAGACUUAUUUUGUUCUCCCUAUUCAUCUCUUUUCAUGCAAAACACUCUCAGUUUCUUCACUUUUAUCAUUUAGAUUACAUAAUAAUGAUAGUAACAACAAGUCAACAAUCAAAUUUGGAGAGUGCCCUUUUGAGUAUUUGAAGGAUUGUGAUGGAAAAGUGUUGAUAAAGGUUAUGCCAGAGUUCAUUACAAGGCUUGUUAAUGGAGGAGAUAGAUCAGGGGAUGAUUGUUGCAUUAGUAGUAAAAGUAGCUUCCUUUGUAGUACUCCUGAGUUGAAAAAACAUUAUGAAAUGCUUGUGAAGUCUAAGGAUCAGGUUUGGUCUCCUAAGCUUGAAACUAUUUUGGAAAAUAAGGUUAGACUUAGAAAGGAAAGAAAAAGAGAAAAGGCACAACCACAAACUGUGUCUGCUAGAUAGUUCAUAUGUAUCUGUAAUAUUUUAGAGUGAAAGUAAUUAAACUUGAAUUUGUGCACUUAUAAUUUUAUCAUAUAUGUACAUCAAUUAAUUUGCCCACAGUUUUGAUUAGUUAGAUUAUAUGUAAUUUAUUCUGAUCUGUUCAUAAUUAUAUGUGGAAAUGGUUAAAAGAGAA